AGUUAAGUUGAUAUCAUUCCAAAGAUUCACAUUACAACAACUGUUUGUUGGUUGAAAGUUUUACAAAAUGAAUCUCAUCAUAAUUUCACUUGUAAUAAUCACUUUACUGUUUCAAAUCAAUCAAGCCACUAAAAUCGAAUUAAGUUCUUACGAUUUGUUGAUUAAAGCCAAUAUAACUAAUGAGGAAUCAAACAAUACUUGGUAUUUGGCUGAAACAGUUUAUUUCAAGCCCUUUAUUCAUGGAGUAAUCAAGAUACAGAAAGGUGACAUCGAGAUGCAAGUUCAUUAUAAUCUCAACACUUCAAAAAGAAUCGUUUUCUUUGAAAACCGUGCCAUGGAAAUGGAAAGUAUUCGUAAUUUCUCUUGGAAUGUACAAUUACGUGUAUCAAUAAUCAGAUUGAUCAAUGAACUGUUGAUUUCGGGUCCGGUUAAUUGCUAUUUAUUUCUCUUAAAUUACAAUUAUAAUGAAUACAAAGAACAAAGAUCGCUGUCAUAUAAUUAUUACAAUUACAAUGAUGAUCAACUAUUCUAG